GCAUAAAAGCAUCUUGUAUACUCAUUCAUCCAACUCAGCUUGGGGGGAAAACGAUUUAAGGCAGUGCAUUUCUAACUACUACAAGGUGGGGAACGGAAUUGGGUUGGGAUAGCCAGAAGUUUACCUGGCUUAUGGACGAUAACAAGUGGGCCGAGAUAGAGCAGGUGAACCCAAAAUUUGUAAAAUUUCAAAAUGACUGCUCAGUCUAUCAUUUACUUGAGGAGGUAUUUGUCAAUCAAGGCGCAACGGGAGACUUCAGCUCUGGCUUGGAGAACAACCCGCGUACUUCAGCCGAGAAGCAAGACAUGGAGACUGCUGCACGAUGUGCACGGGGAAAGGGAAGGUUAGACUAUGCGGCCGAGGAUGCUGAUAUUGAGGUAGUUGGGGUGAAUGAAGAGAAAGGGAAGAAGGGUAAAGGAAAGCGGAAGUCGGGUGAUUGCUCAAGCGGUAGUCCAAUGUCCAUCACCUCUGGUUCAGUAACUGGUAGAUACCUCAGGGCUCUUGACACUAUUGAGUCGCUGGUUAGUCGAAAGAAGAGCAGCGGCAUGAGUGUGUCAGCCAGCUCUCUGACCAAGCGUCGUUCUGGCCGCUAUCUCUCGAAGAAAUCGGACUAUGAAAUUGCCAUGGAAUAAUUUCGGGGAUUAGCGAACGUGGCCUAUGUAGCCAAAAUGGCCGCUGUUGAAAUAUUGAAGGACUCUCAAGAGUUGGCUAUUUGGAAUUUAGCUAGAUCAGACGCUGACCGCAUUACCUUUAUGAAGUUAAAAGGCUGUUUCCUGCCUGACCAUGGCACUC